CCUGCAACCUCCGUCCUUUAUCAACAACCACAAACCACUCCUUAAGAGAGACAGAGAGAGAGAUUAAGAAACAUCAGAGAGAUUAAUUGAGCGAGAUUAGAGAUGGAGUUUCCUGUGAUUAACAUGGAGAAACUUAAUGGUGACGAGAGAGCAGCCACCAUGGCUAAGAUCAAAGAUGCCUGUGAAAACUGGGGCUUCUUUGAGCUUCUGAACCAUGGAAUAGCUCCAGAGUUUCUUGACACAGUUGAAAGAUUGACAAAAGCUCACUACAGAAAAUGCAUGGAGCAAAGAUUUAAAGAAAUGGUCGCGAGCAAAGGCCUCGACGCAACCCAAACUGAGAUCAAAGAUAUGGAUUGGGAAAGCACUUUCUUCCUUCGCCAUCUUCCUCAGUCAAACAUUGCUGAAAUUCCCGAUCUCGAUGAUGAAUACAGGAAGGUGAUGAAGGAAUUUGCAGCCCAGUUAGAGAAACUGGCAGAGGAGUUGCUAGAUUUGCUGUGUGAGAAUCUUGGUCUUGAGAAAGGGUACCUAAAGAAGGCGUUUUAUGGGUCAAGUGGAUCGCCAACCUUUGGGACAAAGGUUAGCAACUAUCCACCAUGCCCUAAACCAGACUUGAUCAAAGGACUCAGGGCCCACACAGAUGCAGGUGGCAUCAUCUUGUUGUUUCAAGAUGAUAAGGUCAGUGGCCUUCAACUCCUCAAAGAUGGCCACUGGGUUGAUGUCCCUCCGAUGCGUCACUCCAUUGUCAUCAACCUUGGAGACCAAAUUGAGGUAAUAACAAAUGGGAAAUACAAGAGUGUAGAGCACAGAGUGGUGGCUCAAACAGAUGGAACAAGAAUGUCAAUAGCUUCAUUUUACAACCCAGGAAGUGAUGCAGUGAUAUAUCCAGCACCAGCUUUGUUGGAGAAAGAAGCAGAAGAGAAAAAACAAAUUUACCCAAAAUUUGUUUUUGAAGAUUACAUGAAGAUUUACGCUGGGCUUAAGUUUCAUGCUAAGGAGCCAAGAUUUGAAGCUUUGAAGGCUGUAGAAACUAAUGUUAAUUUGGGUCCAAUUGCUACAGCUUAAUUAAUUAUUGGGAAUGUUUUAUUAUUUUAUUAAUUAAAAGAGAGGGGGGGGGGGGGGGAGGGAUAAAGAAAGAAGAGGGGGCGUAGGCUUGGAUAAGUUUGAGAAUUUAUUGUAGCACGUCUUAAUUUAUUGUGUAGAAAAUUACCAUUGUAGCUAUAUAAAAUGAUAAAGUUUAUUUUUCAAGAGUAAAUUCUUGCCUUAGUUGUGGAACUUCAUACUUGUAGCUGUAGCCCUUUUCAUGGGGUAAUUUUAGAAAUUAUAAUAAAUAAUUGUUUAAGAAGUAAA